CGCCACGAGCUCGACGAUGGCAGAUCCGGGCGAAAUCCGUGCCCGUCCAGCAUCUACUUGAAGUAAAACGCUUGCCGCCGUAGUCCCCAUCUCCAUCUCCAUCUCCUCAUCCUCCACAUCCUCCUCCUCCUGCUGCUGCUCCUCCUGCAUCCCGAUGAUGAUGAUGAUGACCGCCCGACCGACCGACCUCCCAAUGCUGUACUCGCCCUUCGGCCUCUUCCCUGCCUCGCGUGCUGCUUCCUGAAUCCCCGAGCGAACCCGGCUUCUCGAUUGUCCGCUCUCUGCGCAGAUCCUUCUCUCGCUCUUUCACAAUUUGGCUCGUGGGCGUGCGUGAGUGCGUGCGUGCGUCCUUAGAUGGGUACGACGAUUCUCCAUCAUCCUCCCGAUCAAGUAGCUCUUGCCAGCCAGCGAGCUGCGUGCUCGUCACCUGUCCGAACUCGACGACUCCCAUAGCUCCGCUCCGUUCUCAUCUAUCCGAAUGUGGUCUGUGUCUGUCUGUCUGUCUGCCAGCAGAGGAAUGCCGUCGAAGUCGCAGCCCGCUCGUGGAUGGUCCCGAACUGGAGGGCAGCGCAUAUUUGGUCGCCAGUGACAAGUUCCGGUGACAUGUACUUCACGGCGUGAACAUUCGUCAGCGGAUGCGUGAAGAGUGUGCGUUCUUGGGAGGUGCGGCUGCAGCUCACUUCGGGUUCGUGAACACAUUCGAUCAGGUGGAGAAGGCGAGGGAGAUGGGCGGAGACAACGACGAGGAGCGAGAGGUGGAUGCCGGAGUGAAGAAUUCGGCAAAGGCAGCCCGGUCACCGCACGUCAUGUAGCUAGAGAUUGAGGUUGUUGAUGAUGAUGAUGACAGUGAUCUAGAGUGGCGGGCGAGGUGAAUUCGGCGAGCUGAGAAAUCCGAGUGCCGAGUCCGUUUGCUGCUGGUGAUGAGAACUACAACUGCGAGGAAGAAGAAGGGGGAGGAGGGGGAGGGAGAGGACAAGAAGAAGCACCGAUCGAGACGAGGAGGAGGGUGGAGAGGACUUGCAAUCUGACGACGACAACGACGACGACGAGAAGAUUGGUCUUGAAUUUGGGGCAGAAUGGGAAAUGGGACGAAAUUCAAGCUGUCCAGCAUGUUCCCGAGCGUGCUGAGCAAGAUCAAGGGCAUGACGGGCAAGCGGCUCAAGGGCAAGGGCGCGCUGACCAGCCCCAGCGACUGGAGCGGCGACCUGCAGGAGUUCUCGGGCGGGUCCAAGGACUCGCCCGGCAGCCCGCCGUCGCCCGUGCGCACCUUCCCGCAGAAUAGGGACCGGGACAUGCGCUACUGCUCGAGCCCGCGCUGCUCGAGCCCCGUCAACCACAAGAGCUACGACAUCCGCUUCCCGAUCGAGUCGCCGGUGCGCCGCGGCAUGAAGUCGCGCCCGGUCUCGCCCCCGCGGCGCAGCGCCAACUCCAUUAACUCCGACUCCGGCUGCUGCUCCUUCGACUCGUCGCUGGCGCUCAUGCCCCACGACCGCGCGCGCCGCGCCGUGCCGCCGCUCUUCGGCCGCUGCAUGCAGCGCUCCAAGUGCAACAGCUUCAACAGCGAGACGCACUCUGACUCGGAGCUCGACGUCACGGACUCGGAGCCUGCGUCGGCGCGUGGCCACCUUCGCGCGCGCACCAUGUCCAUGCAGCUCGACGGCGCGACGGAGUGGGAGCGUGAGCGCGACUGGAGCGAGCCCGAGAAGUCGGCCUCGAGCUCCCGCCGCCGGCGCCCCCGAGAGAUCAAUAAGAGCACUGCCGGCGAGCCGUCCCCGAUUCACACCGUGCGAUGUAUGCCCCCCAACACGCCGUCCGACCUCGGCCACUUCUCGGACUCGCGCGACCAUGAGUGUCACCGCUCGGCCUGCCCCGACUUCGGUCGCGACAUGAGCGACCAUGGUCACGGUCAAGGUCGCCAGCAGCAGCAGUAUGACCGGAAGAUGGGGUUCGCGACGGAGGACACGCGGCUGUUCGAGGACACGUACGCGUCGUUCUCGAGCGACGAGGACUUCUUCAAGGUCCGCUCGGGAGGCUACAAUGCCAUCGGCCAGUACCGGCUCAAGAAGCUGAACAAGUACGGCAACGGGGACGUGACGGACGCGGGGUACGCGUCGGGCGACAUGGUCCUGACGGAGGACGAGGAGCGGACCCUGCGACGCGAAUCGGUUCUGGCCAAGACGGUGCGCAAUGCCAGCGACGGGUGGGCGCGCGUGCAGAGCCGAUUCGCCGAGGAGGAGAAGCACGCGCAGGGCGGCCGCGGAGGGUCGCGACGGAGCUACGAUCGCAGGACGGUCGUCGCGGAGGAGGCGGAGGUUCUGCUGACGGAGGACGAGCGCCACCACGCCGCGCUGUGCCGGCGCGAGGCGUCGCUGGUCAAGACGGUCCUGAGCGCUAAGGACUGGGCGCGGGAGAACUUGCGCGCCCUGAGCAAGGCCAGCGAGGGCGACAAGCAGCAGCAGGUCAAGGGCCGGGGGGCGGACUCGGGGGCAGAGUACGAGUCGUUCGGGCUGCCGGUCAUCCACAAGGAGCAUCUGCACUCGCGCGGCAGCACCCGGUCACACUCGCCGAUCGGCGAGGUGGAGAAGCACACCAAGGGGCGCGUCGACUACAAGGCGUCGGCGAACGACCCGCAUGAUGCGGCGGCGGACCGCCUGGUCUUCGAGCAGUUCUCGCAGCCGCUGGCCGAGUACGCCAGCGACUUCUACAAGAACGCGCAGACGGAAGAGUCGGACUUCGAGACGGGGGUCGUCGGCGUGAGCGUCAGCGUCAGGCCCUGGGACGUGGAGUUCCCGUCGUUCCGGUCCGACAGCCUGCAGCUCGGUGGGUCGCGACGGUCGGCGCCCGUGGAGCUGUCGGAGUCGGAGGGCCCGACGCCGCGCACGCACCGGCUCUCCGUGCAGGAGCGGACGCCGAGCUCCAAGACGCCUCGCAAGCAAACGCCGUCGAGUCGCGAGCCGCCGGUCAAGAAGGCCGGCCGCUCUGCGUCGCCCAAGGUGCAGGACCCGGCGCCCGUGAACUCCCUGAAGCCGUCCAGCCGGUCGGGCUCACCGCGCCGGCAGGAGCUGCACAGCGGCAAGCGAGCCACCAGCCCCAGGACGCCGUCGUCGGCGCGCGCCGAACCGGUUGCGAGCAAGAAGACGAGCCGGUCGCCGUCGCCGCGCCAGGAAGUGGCCGGUAAGAAGCAGCAGCAGCAGCAGCCAUCGAGCAAUUCGACCAAUUCGCCGUCUGCAAGGCAGCAGCAGCAGCAGCAGGUGGAAGUGAGCAGCAAUGGCAGCAGCAAGAAGGCGAAUCGCAGUGCGUCUCCUGCACAUUCGCCCCCGGAAACCGAGAAGCGCGACAGCAAUGCGAGGCCGAGCCAAAAACAGCACCAACCACAGCCGACGAGGCUGCCGGAGGAGAGAACGUCGGUGAUGGGAUCCGACAGCGUAGCAGUGGUGAAAGCGUCCUAUGACCCGUACCAGGAUUUCAGAGAAUCCAUGGUGGAGAUGAUUCUGGAGAAUGACAUUCAAACGGCGGAGGAUUUGGAACAACUGUUGCAGUGUUAUCUGUCGCUCAACUCUGCCGAGUACCACUCGAUCAUCGUUCAAGUGUUUUCUGAUAUAUGGCGUGACAUCUUCGAUCAUUGAGCAUUGAGCAGCUCCUGGCCGUGUAAUCGAUAUACCUUGUCCACUUCCCUUCAGCUCAUUCUCUCCCCAUCCCUUCCUGCCAGUGAGUAAGGCCAUGCGUGCAUGCUUCGAAUCUCCAAUUUUGGCCGAAAUGCUGGAGUUGUGACCCACGUUUCUUACAGACUCGCACUCGGGAGGAAAGUCGCGGAUUUAUUAGUUUGAUGCACACAGUCGUCGUCUGGUUGGGCGGAUUGUGCAUCGAUGGGAGUGAGUCUCUCUUGGAUGAGAGAUCCUUGGUGGGGAUUGGGAGUUCUGAGAAACGGAAGUUACAGUCUGUUCCUUCGACACGGAUGGACAGCCUUCGGUCUAUGUAGAAGAAAAAACUCAAGGGCGUUGCCGGUGCUCCAAUUACGAGAGGCCUGGCGAUCACAGCUCGCAAUUUUGUCCCGAACACUCCCGAAUCAGUCAAUCCUUCAGUCACGCAGCAGCAGCAGCAACAGUCGUAGGUACUGAAAAGACGUGCAUUCAACCUUUAGAUUUCUUAAAUGUUGCCUCCAGCUAAGUUAAAUGAACUUGUAGAUUUUAGCACAUAGCAGUUGUCGGCAAUCAGAGAAAAAACAUGUAAAUAUCAGCUUCGAGUAUGUCGAGCCGAUCGACAAGCAAAGUUCUCGAAGCCUAAAGCAAUCCAAGCGCGUAAUAUGCUUGCGGGUGACUUCAGUCGAACAAUAAUACAUGUGAUGAGCUCUCGUAACACGUUGAGCUGGGCAAGUUGGCAAUUUCAUCUGGAAUUGUAUGUAUCUAGUACUGUCACUCCUUUCGAGAAGGAUUCUAACUUCUUCGAUUUAAACCAACGUGUAUUUUCCAUCGAUCGAACCCCAUCUAUGGAUCCAUCCAUUUACUGUCAAUGGACGGGAAUCGGCUGUACUUUCUCUGUAAUAAAACGGGC